AUAAACUUAUUUAGGGAUAAAUGUCUGGGUUUCGUAAAGCGCACCAUUUGCGCACUGCGCACACGUAUCUAUAUAUACAUAACGCAUGCUAUAGAUACACGCGAGCAUAUGCGCUAUGCGCUUUACGGAACCCAGUAUCCAGCCAAUGUGGACAAAUGUGAACUCAAAAAAUAGAAAUUUGAAAAUUUGCAAGAGUUAUUGAAAAUAAAGGAAGGAAAAGGAAGAUGAAAUGCACGCGACAGAAAGAGGAUAAGAGAGAGAUGAUCAACAGGAUACGACCCCCACGAAAUAAUCGAGAAGAGAGAAGACGGUCUCAGCUCUCACGUCUCAGUCGGUCUCAUUGUCAGUUGUCAGUAGUAUCGCGCAGCUGAUCGAGUGAUCGCUGAUCGCCUCCUGACGUCCUGAGUCCUGACUUGAGUGGAGUCUUUCAGUUUCUUUUGAAUCGCCAUGAGUGCAUCGUCAGCGAAUGUGUGAUCGACACGAUGCGCGUGUAGAAAGUUUACCGUUCAUGUAUGUAAUACUUCCUUGCGCGCAUCCUCCACGGAGUACCUCCGACAAAUAACGUAAUAGGCGGUUUAUGUCGGCCGUGAACGUAACGCGAAUGUGAAAGCGACCUUGAAAUGUGGCUCAUCCGUCGAAUUCGCGUACAUUCAUAACUAACAAUAAGGAAAAGGCUACGAGAUUUGUCGAUGACAAGAGAGCAGCUGUUCGAGCAUGCAACGAUGGUUACCGGUCUUGAACGAACCUCUAUGCGGUAGCGCCCUGUGCGUCAUCGGACGCCGUCGAAUGCAAUCGGGGGAUGCAUUCGAGUGCCGGCGUUCGAGCGGCGAUUCCGCGCGAUUCCAGGAUCAAUUGCGAUGGUACAGAAAAAGGCGCUUACGCCGUGUCGCCUACAGUCGAGCCGUAUGGAAUCGAAUGGAUAAGGUCAGACUUGGGUGAGAUCUCUAAAUUCGUAAAUGGCAUCAUAGGGGGCAAGUCAGCAGCUACAACUCACAAUCAGCGAGUUAAUGCGAGAAGAUGUUACAAAACAUCCAUCAGCUCUGGCUACUCGAGUCACUCUCCGCUGUUAUCAGUCGGUUCGUGCUCUUAUCGCGCGUCAACGUCGACGAGAGAUCUGUCGUACGGUGGUCUAGCCGUGAUUCACGAGAGCGAAACAGCUUGUGUACCGCAACCCAUUUGGCCUUUCGUCGCAUGUUAUCAGGCCGAAAAUAUCGAUUAUGAAGGCAUCUACACGUGUCGCGUCUGUGGUUGCACGUGUAGCUAUUCGCCGCCGUCGUCACCGUCGGCAUCAUCACCGCUGAGAGCAUCAGCGCGCGAGAUGCUGCUCGAAUUAUCUCGAACUCUUAAUUCUAUGAUAGACGGUGACAUUGCUGUGGCACCGCAAGAUAUCUUGCGCGAUAUCUCGCGUAUCGUUUCUCUCGAGAUCGAUCCAAGAAGCGACAACUUAUACGAAUGCGUUUGCCCUUCUUGGACUUUCAAUGACGACAAUCUAUCGGUAUCGCCAAGUUACAUCAAGCACGUGCCGCCGAGAGCAAAUUCUGUCCAUUCUAAAUUAUACGUUGGUCCUCGCGCUUUCUACGAAAAUAAUUCGAUGCGAUCCGCGUUGUUGCUUAAAAAUGAUAAGAUAACGAGACGCGAAAACGCAGAAAGGGAAUUUUGCGAAACGUCCAGUGGUCCAUACGUCUUUAAAUACCUAAAUGACAAACAUGUUAGAAGUGGUUGUGCGAAACUAUCGUUUGGAUUAGACAAAGAUAAGCAAUGCCAAAACGGACUCACCUCGACCGAAUCAAAAUAUUCAACACAGUUGGAUUACAGCGACAUUGGCUCGUCUAGCGAAGAAACGAUCGCCUCGUCCAAUGAUUGGAAUCGUCGCUUAGCCGUUAAAGGCUUAGAAAAGGACUUGGAUUUCACUCUCGACGUAACGCGUGCCGAACGUUUAAAUCGAACAAUCGCAAAAGCGAAACGGAAACGGCAAUGGUGCAGAGCCUUUAUCACUCUCUUCGCUUUAAUUUUCUUCGUAUUAAGCGUCAUCGUUGUUUCAUUAUGCAUAACGAGAGGUCGUAAAAUGUUUGGAAGCAUUUAAGAGUCAAAGAUUUAUCUCAUCCGGAUAUAUCCCUUCUUAAAAUUGCGCGGGAGCGUUCUGUUUGAUUCCAUGUUACGCCCACGAUCAUUCGCAGCACCUGGUGCUUAUAGUUUUUCCUUUACUAAACUGGAGCCGAUCGUAGAAUUCUGCGAACAAUCUUGGGUGACACUUGAAUGCGCAAUACAUCAUAUUUUAAUGUCUAGAAUAUUCUACGAAAUAUUUUGGUAGCUUUUACCACAGACAUUUUGUGAUACAAAUAUUCUCUAUGUGCAUAUCUAUUUCAGUACCUUAUGUAGAAAGAGAUUAUGUAAUCUCGCAAUGAAUGGCUGUGACCAUGUCCUUAUGUAUAAUUAAUAAAUACCAGAGAUGGUAUAGCAUUACGAUCAUGCUAAAUAUAAAUAAUUAGAUUUACAAAAAGACGUGGUAACGAUUGAUAUCGCGCGAUAAAGAAAAACCGAUAUCUAUGGAAGUUUUUCAGCAAGAAUGUCAUACAUCAAUUAGCCUUUGACUAUCUAAAUCAAAGCAGUUCAAAUAAAAAAAAAAAAAAUUCAGGACUUUAAAAAUCCUAUGGACAAUUGCAUGACAAUAUAUCUAUCUAUGUUUUCUUACUGAAAAACUCCUUGUGUAGCAGAUAAUUUAUGCGCGCAUGCGCAUUAAAUUAACACUGGUCUAACCGUCCAACCUAGUCUAAUCGGGCUCAGUAAGUAACAGUAAAGAUAGAAGAUAGUGGUAAAACGUCAGGAAAGGACAGUGUUUGCGUAAACGUAUCGAAACGUAUGAUCUUCGUAUCACGAUUACGAAUAUAUUAACGGUGCUGAUAAAAGCAACAGCGCGAACUGACAUAUUGACAAUCUGGCGUUUAGACUGAUAUAUUUUUCGCAUCAAGAACAUCCAAGUGUCGAUGAUACACAAAGUGAGUGAUAUACAAAGCGCACAUUAUUCUUAUAUCGAUCUCGUUUACAUUCGCUCAAUUAUUCCGUGGAGACUGGAUAUAGUAUUGCUUUUGCCCGUCAUCUGAGAUUACAAAAUAAGUUAUAUAUACGCACAGAAUGGUGUGUGUACCGUGCUUUGCUGUUCCUAUAUUUCUGAUAAUAUGGAGAUUUCUCAUACAACCAUUAUUGAUCAAAUGGUGGCAAUUAAGGAAUAAAGGAAAAGAGGCCAAAGGGGAUGAGCCAUGUCCGGAUUUAAUAAAGGAAUGUAAAAAUGGAUCGUGUACUUUAUCAUGGAAAGAUAAUCGAGACACUGUAAAGAAAAGCAAUUAAAUCUGUUUAUCCAGAAUAUAUACUUAAUUAAUCAAUAUAGACUACUUUGACAUUUAUAUUUGGUUGCUAAACUUUUCCAAGAAGCUAUAUAUAUAUAUUCUUUUUUUUUCUCAUUAUAGCAUUCAUAAACGUGCAAAUUGCUUUGAAUCAAUAACAAAAUUGAGUAAUCCAUGGCAAAUUAUAUAGAAGCCAUUAAAAAUUUAAGACAUUUUGGUUCAAUUUAUUAAAUGUAAAGUUGUCCCUACCGUUUUGAUAUAUUUUAGAACAUAAAUUAUAUAAAAACCAGUUAUAUGGCUUAUAUAAAAAAUAUUUUGCCAUUUCAACAUUUUUUAUUUAAUACAUUAUAAUUAUUUCUCUGGAAUACAACAUAUAAUACAAAUGCAAAAAACUUAUAAAUUACUUAAGAUAUAUUAAAAAGUAUACUAACACAUAAUUGGAAAUAGAAAUUCUAAGCAAUGUAUAUCAAAAUGUUAUUACAAAAUAAAAAAAUUGUUUUUGAUUU